UCAAACAAAUUUCAUUCAACAUAAACAUAAAGUUAAACGACAAAGCCUACAACUAAAGCACACAACUACACUUUUAUUUAAUCUCUUCUUGGGUUGGUGGUUUGAUUUUGCAUCGAUAAAUUUUCUUUUGGAUUGUGUGGUAGGAUCUUUGGCUGGAUUUUUGUGUACCUGUUUUGUUAAUAGUUUGUGCUAUAAUAACUUUCCAAGAUCAGCCAGUGAAAAUCUAGUUCUGUCUGUUCUUGGUAACCUUUCCAAACAAACAUGAUUCCUGGAUACAGAAACAUGGACUCAUACCCAUUUCAAAGAAACCAAAUACCAUUCCCUUAUUAUCACCAUCCAAGCAUGGAACCUGUUCCUCCUCAAAUGACCAAAUCACCCUUCCCUUAUGAACAACCUUGGCCUUAUGCUAGCAAUUAUAACCACCCUAUACCACCACAUUUCUGCUAUGGCCACAAUAAUUACCCUUGUUACAAUAGUCACAUACCUUCUUAUCCUCCUCAUGUUCCCUCUCCAUCACCAAUGUACUACUCUGGAGGUUGUCCUUCAUUCUUUGGCCCUUAUUAUCCACAAUCACAUUAUAACAUGGAGCUUCCGAGAUACGAGUAUGAUAAAUAUAUGCCAAGGGAACAUCAUUGUUGUGGCUGUUCUAAUCAUUCAUGCAGCCAAAAGGAAGACAAAUCUGUGAAGGUGGAAGAGCAAAAACCUGAUGUUGGUAAGAAAGAGAAUGAUGCUAUGGUUCCAAUUCAGUUUAGGAAUUUUCCAUACCCUUUGGCUUGGAUUCAACCAGAGUAUUAUGGUAACAAACAACCGGAAAGUUUUAAGGUGGAUGAGCAGGAUAAAUUGUUACAUGAUAAAAGGCCAAAUGCUGAUGUGCAGCCAAAAGUUGAGCCAAGAAUGUGGAGUGGAUGGUUGCCCUUUGAUGUGAAGGGUGAUCCGAACAUGUUUCGUGAUGGAGAUGGAAUAAGAAGCCUUGAGAAGGAAACUGAUAGCAAAAAAGAGGAGGCUGAAAAUGGAAGAAUGGAACAGAAACAUCAGAGUGAUCAAAAGAGAUCCGAGUUUCCAUUUCCGUUCUUUCUGUUUCCUUACUACAAUAAUCAAGAGGAAGGAGGAAAGGCCAAAUCAGAUGAUGUUAAAUUCACAGACAGAAGUGUUUCGGAUAUUACCGAGAAAGCGAAUAACCAGAGAAGCAUUCCUGUGAAGCAGAUAGAGUCAAAUCAUGAGAAAAAUGACUUACAUGGAAGUGGGAAGAGAGAAAUGAAUGAUGCCAAAGAGAAUGUGACAAAAAAAGACUCUAACUCGAUGAGUAAACGACGACCAACAUCUCCGCCUAAGGGAUCCAAGUUACCUCCUGUUUGUCUGAGAGUUGAUCCAUUGCCAAGGAAGAAAAAUGGAAAUGGGAGUUCAAGGUCUCCAAGUCCACCUGCUUCAAAAGAACACUUGAAAGCAACAUCUUUUGGAUCAAAGAACAUUCCUUUGAGAGACAUCAAAGACAGGACUGAACCAAAUUCAGAUAGUAAGAGUGCACCAAAGGCUAGUGAGGAGGUUGCACCAGAGAUGAAAACUACUCAAGCGUGCCAAAACAAGACAAAUGAUAAGAAGGAAGAGAAAGGGGCGGAAAAUAUUACAGGGGAGUCUUCAGAACACUCUACAGAAGAUAGAAACACAACAACUAAUGAAGGUGGUAAAAGUGGAAGACGAGUUCUGUCGGAUGCAGAUGCUGCUGUUUUGAUACAAGCUGUUUAUCGCGGUUAUCUAGUAAGAAAAUGGGAGCCUUUAAAGAAAUUGAGGCAGAUAGGUGAAGUCAGUAAGGAGGUGACCGAUGUUAGGGCACAUGUUCAAGCUUUUGAAGGUCAUUCUGAUUUUCAAAAUGAUAACAAGCAAAAAAUUGCAAUUGGUGAAACUAUAAUGAGACUGUUGCUGAAGUUAGAUACUAUACAGGGUUUGCAUCCAAGUUUGAGGGAAAUCAGAAAGUCCCUGGCAAGAGAGCUUGUGACUUUGCAGGAAAAGCUUGAUUCUAUAACGGUUAAGAAUCCUUGCCAGCAGCCCCAUGAAGAUGCUAAAGAUCCUGUUGAAGUCACUUCAUUGAAUGUUCAGAAUGAAAAACUUAAUCAAGAGCAACAAGAAGAGAAAGUGGCAUCAGAAAAAGAUUCAUCUGAAGGUACUAGUGAUGGAAGUCCCAAGGAACAGUUCUGUAUGAAGGAUGAUGAUGGUAGAAGUGAAUCUCGGUCGCAUGUUGAUUCUGCAUCAAGUGAGAGAACAAAGCCGCAUGUUGAUUCUGCAUUAAGUGAGAGAACAAAGACCACAAUGCUACCAAAUGGAUUAAUCAAUGAGGAUAGCAGUCCUGUAAUGGCUGCUGAUGCAUCGGAUUCCACAAGUGAUCUUGUUGACAAAACGGAUUUGGAAUGCAAAUCAAAGUCAGAGGUCAUCGACAUUCCUAUUGUGGUUGAUAAACUUGAUACCACUGCUUUGAAAGACUCACCUGUGGGAGCUAACGAUGAUAAUAUCAGUGACAAUUCUGCAAGUGAAGGGUUAGAUUCUGAUAUGCAUGCAUUGAAGGAGCUUCCAGUUGGAGUGCUUGAUGAAGACACGGCUACAUUUGAAGGGACUAAUACAUCUGGAAAUGUACAAAGUGAAGUACAUGCUGAAAACGAGGUAUUCAUUGAAGAACUCCCAGUCGGAGUGCUCGAUGAAGAGACGGCUAUAUCUAAAGAGACAAAUACCUCUGAGACUGAAGUACAAGCCGGAAAUGAGGUAUUCAUUGAAGAACUUCCAGUCGGAGUGCUCGAUGAAGACACAGCUACAUCUGAAGAGACUAAUACCUCUGAAAAUGAAGUACAAGCUGGAAAUGAGGUAUUCAUUAAAGAACUCCCGGUAGGACUGCUUGUCGAGGAUCCGGAGAAAUUUGAAGUAGAAAUAUCUAAACAUGAUGCAAAAGAUACUCAAUUAGAGCAACCACGGGUCGAAGAAAAAGAAGAUGUUAAGUCUAGUGAGGAAUCAGAUGGUUGGGUAAAGAUUGAGUUCCAGAAAGAAGAUGAUGGACACAUAGCAGAUACACCAAUAGACACAGAAGAAUCAGGAAUUGGAAUUGACUCUAAGUUACCACCUCUUGAAAUUUCUGAUCAUGGGAAUCAAGAAGCGAAUGAUCUAGAUAUCAUAAUGAUGAAUGAAAAGGAACCAGAAGAAAAGCUUGCACAGCAAGAAACAAAAGCUGAUGUUCAAGACACUGCUGACAGAGAACCAACCGGUACAAAAACGAAAGUAUCUGCAGAUUUGAAUGGUGACAUGAGAUUACUGGAAGAGAAUGAGAAGCUAAGGAAGCUGAUGAAGGAGUUGCUUGAAGCUGGGAAUGAACAGAUAAGUGUAAUAUCAACUUUGACUGGGAGAGUAAAAGAUUUGGAGAAGAAACUAGCCAAAACUAAAAGGAGUAAGAAAGUGAGGACAAAGAGACAUAAACCAGUAACUCCCAAAAUGUCUUGGUCAAUGUCUUGUUCAAACUCUUCUGAGUAAUCAUGUGAAUGUGGAUUUUGUAUGUAAUGGCGGCAUGGUAUGAGUCUUGUUGUAUUGAUAAUGAUGUAUAAUUGUAAUAUUUGUGGUAUGAAUAAAUGAAUGUUAGUUUUAUUGCUAUAAA